CCAUGCGGUACAGUGUCAAUACGGAAGUGCGCGCGGCGUGAAUCAGCCACCUAGUAUGUUGGGCUGCCUACUCGCUCUAACCGUAAGACGCCAUGCCCCUCGGGGUUUGCAAACCCGCAACACUGUUGUGUCGUCGCCCUGACACACGUGCGUACAACCCUGCUGUGUAGAUAGAUACCACAAUCACAAUGGCACCAAGAUAACAGCUAUAUAAGUCCACACUAGUUCAAAAGGCUGCUAUAGUUGGGUGCGUGGAAGUCUGGCCGUCAUAUAGAUUCUCGUAUCAGAGAAAGCAAGAGAUGGUGCUGUGUACGAUGUCGCCCGCCCGCUUGACUGCGUUGCUGUUGCUGGUGCCCAUGGCCAUGGCCACGUGCCCAUGCCCGCCUGUGCUCCAGUCCUCCAAAGUGUGCGGGUCCAACUCUGUAACAUACGACAGCCAGUGUGCCCUGGACUGCGCCGCUGUGCAACAGCCCGGACUCGUAACUGCCCACCCUGGAUCAUGCUCCGACUCACACAACGCACUCAAACAACCGACUAUCGGAAACCCAUCCAACAAGCCGCGGAGCUCGGUUCGCUCAUCCGUUGAUGACUUACAGAAAAUACGUAGUUGUCAGAAAACGAAGUGCGAUUCCGUCUCUGGUUCCUGCGGCUGCAGCUCUGGCGAUACCAAAUGCAAUGCUAAGUGUGGUUGGACUUGCUACUGUGACUGUUUUGGUGUUUCGGCGGGCAAAUCAGACGCCACUCAGGUGGCCAAGUGCAUGGCACAGAACAAUUGCAUCGAAAAUACAAUCUCGUGUGGUAUCCGCUGUGGGGCUGAUGAUGAAUGUAACGCCAAGUGCGCGCUAGACAACUUUGACUGUCAAUGCAAGUGUAACGGCUCUCUCUCCUUGCGUCCCACACUCGGCGUCGCCGUCGCGCUCCUGUCAGCAUGGCUCAUCCGGACCAUAGGAUAGCAAAGUGCAUUUCAAUAUGACUAAACAGUGAAAAGAAAACUCUCAUAUUUGUGGUUUCGGAUGUCUUUCUCUUGUGGGAUCAUUGGUGGCUGGCUCACGGCUCACGCCGCUUAUUUUCGUAGUUAUAUUGUACAGGCGGCGUGAGUCAGCCACCUGGCUUCCCGAAAGCAAUAAAAUAUGACACGGUAUGUUUAACAUUAACCGUUAAUGAUAUUUCCUCCUAAGAGCUACUGUUGGGGUAAUUCUUCCGCAAAGAUCGCUGAUUCUAAUGGAACGCCUUGUCUACCGGAUUAUGGAUGUAUUAAAUAACAACCCUCCUCCACCUA